AUGGCGGAGUAUUGGAAGUCUCAAGCAAAGAAGUUUUGUGAGAUUUGUAAAGUAUGGUUUGCGGAUAACAAAGCCUCGAUUGAUAAUCAUGAAAUGGGACAGAAACACAAAGCCAUGGUCCAGCAAAGGCUACGAGAGAUGGGACAGAAGUCCAAGCAAAAGGAUAAGGAUGUAAGGCUAUGUUUUAAUACAGUAAAUUAAAGUACCAUACAGUAUAGAAUAGUGUAAUAGGGAAUAUUCAAGUUAUUGACAGAGAUGGGCUUUUGAAGCUUUGAUUCUGUUCGAAUAGGUUAAACUUCAAACUCUAACCUUGGAGUAGCUAGAUCAGUAGUUAAACUAAUUUCUGGUUGGCACAUUAUAACGAGGGUGGUACACUAACUAGGGUCAUAAAAAAAAGAGGUUUGAUUGUAUUUUACAUUAUUUAUUAUUGUUCACUUUCCAGACAGCCAAUUUGAAUGCUACCUUAGUGGCCAUGGAAGCUGCCGCGUUAGCAGCAAUGAAACGAGACGGCCAAUCCAUACCGUCAAAUAUGGCUCCACCAACUGUAGGCCUGCCAACUACUUCAGCACCACCAGUACCGAGUGGCAGUACUAAAAGAAAAGCCGAGAAGGUAGACCCAAAAGAAGAACUGAAAGAACGGAAAAAGAAAUGGAAGGAGUUGAAGAAGAGCUCAAAGACUUCUGAAUUCUGGAAUCGAGACCAAGAAGACGAGGUUAUUGAGUGGGUUCAGGCUGAAGCGGAAGGAGGAUUCUACUACUGGAACAUCUUUUCUGGAGGUAUGGAGGGCGCCAUUACUUACGCAUCAACAUUAAAUCGCGAUGUUUAUUUUGUAUAUGGGAAAAAAUAUUGAAUUCUAGUACUUUUUGAUCUUUGUCACUUACAAUUUAACUUUCAGAAACCGUCUGGGAAGUGCCGUCAGUCUUCUACACAACUGAAGAGUACAGUCAGAACUAUGAAAAGGUACAACAACAAAUAGAAGACGAAAAGAACAGGCUAAAAGAAGAGGCGGAAAAGAAAAAGAAAGAAGCCGAGAAUGAAGAAGCAAUGAAAGCAUACAACGAACAGUACCAACAGUACUGUCAACAAUGGUACCAAUAUCAACAACAGCUACAGACUAAUCAGCCACCUCCUCCGCCGCCAGCUGAAGGAAGCGUUACUGUAACGAGUGGAGAAAUUGGUACUGGAACAAAUGCAGUUUACAGUACUGGAACAGGGGGACCAUAUAAUACCGUGAAAAGUGGAAACAGUGGUACUGUAACACCUUCAGAAGGCAUAAAUAAGGCUAUUAGUAUGAGGAUUGCUAGAAAUAUGAAUACGAUGAAGUCAGAUGUACUAGAAGAGUUUAGAGAUGGUACAGAUGGUGUAGAACAUGAUAAAGUUGACAAAGAAGGUAAGUAUGGUGCAGUGAAUAAAGUUUAUGAUUAUAUAGGUAAUAAUGAGGCUUAUUUAGGUAGUAAUGAAGCUACAGAAUCAGGAUUAGAUGAAAUUAAAAUUCAUAACAAAAGCGAGCUAAAGCCAGAAUGUACAGUAUACCAACCAUUGACAGAAGAAGAAAAAGAACCUUCAAAACGAUCAGCAGCCGGGUUAGGGAAGUGGACUACCAUAGUCAAAGAGCCGGAGGUACCCAAGACACUAGAGUUGGAGCAACAAGAUAAGUAAGUGACGGAGGAUUUAUAUUAGACUUGGUCUUUAAAAGCUGUCUUUUAUUAUACUAUAAUAUACUACUCUACAUGUUUAUAAAGCUUCAUAAAUAUUUGGGCAGUUUAAUAUAAUUUUUUUCAGAGUAGUAUACGAUGAUCUACCAGAACAACAGAUCAAAACUCAACUCGACUUUGAUGUUGAUGAAGAUCCAUCUGAAACCAAAUUCUCAGAAAAGGUAUUACCUGUAAAAUCGACCAAAAAGUCGUCAAAAGAAGUUGUCUUUAAAAAACGAACGGCUUCGAAUCGGAAUCAGCGACGUACUACUGGGGCUGAUCUCUAA